AUGGUUCGAACAUAUGUUCAUAAAACAGCGAAAGCUACAUACAGUGAAGAAGAUUUUGCAAGAGCGGUCGAAAAAAUUCGAAAUGGAGAGUGGACGCAUGCAAAAGCUACUGAAAUAACGAAUGUUCCACGAGGUACGUUUGCAUCAAGACUCGCCCGUAAUUCUGUUGCAAAAAGGGGACGAUCAACGGCGUUAACAAGAGAAGAAGAAGCCUAUUUAGUGAAAUUAAUAACAACGUUACAAGAAUAUGGUGAACUAUCAACUUGUCAAGAUGUGUUAAAGUAUGCUGCCGAGUACGUUGACUUAAUGAAUUUAUCAUCUCGUUUUUCAAAUGGAACGCCGACAAAAGAGUGGUACUAUGGGUUGGUGAAACGGUGGGAAAACGAAUUAAAAUUAAUGAAAAGCAUACAAUUAGAAAAAUCAAGGGUAAAAUGUGUCACUCGAGAAUGUGUCGACGGAUGGUUUGCCAAGUUACAUGCGCUUUUAACAAAACUCGAUUUAUUCGACAAGCCACAACAAAUAUUCAACACCGAUGAAAGUGGUUUCACUGAUCACCCUGGUAAACAGAGAGUAUUAGUUAAACGUGACACAAAAUAUGCAAACCUGAAUGAAUCACUCGCGGCUAUCGAUAAAAUCGUAGAAAAACAUUUCGGUCAAUCGAAAGAAACAGCAAGAGCAAAGAAACAUUUGCUAUCUCGACCGCACGGUGUAAUUGUAACAGAUGUAGAUGAAUACGUUCUAUCAGUCAUCAGAAAGAAGAAGGCAGCGAAAGUGAAUAAAACGGGAACAACAACGAAAAAGACGGCCUCAAAACUACGUAAACAAAAACCGUCAACAAACACAUUAGAUAUUCUUGUUAGUGAUCAUUUCAAUGACGUUGAUGCGAAUCGGAAUCCUGUUGCAACAAUAUCUUAA